CUUGAAGGAAAGGAUAUCCCAUCGCUCGCGAAGUACAUGAAAUCGGACAAGUGUAAGAAUGUGUUUGUUAUGCUUGGCGCAGGUGUCAGUACAUCUGCAGGCAUACCCGAUUUUCGAUCACCAAAGACGGGUAUGUACGGACAGCGACAUAAACUAACUGAUUGGAAGACGAAUCUUGCUAGACUUAAUUUACCGCGCCCAGAAGCGGUGUUCGAGAUGAGCUUUUUCCGCGUAAAGCCCCAGCCAUUCUACACACUCGCUAAAGAGCUCUACCCUGGGCGCUACCGACCAACGCUAUCCCAUACUUUCAUCAAACUUCUUUCACAGAAGAACUUGCUUCGCAUGUGCUUCACUCAGAACAUAGAUACCCUCGAGCGUCGCGCAGGGAUCCCUGACGAGAAGAUUAUCGAAGCCCACGGCAGUUUCGCCACACAAAGGUGCAUUGAAUGUCGGAGACCGUUUGACGAUGUCAAAAUGAAGAAAUUCAUCCGGAAAGCGGCAGUACCGCGGUGCGAAUACUGUGAGGGCCUUGUCAAGCCAGAUAUCGUCUUCUUUGAAGAAUCUCUUCCACUGGCCUUUACGCAGGCCAUUCCCUCACUCCAAGAAGCUGAUUUGCUGAUCGUGAUGGGUACAUCGCUAACUGUUCACCCCUUCGCAUCUCUAGCCAACCGAGUGCCGCCUGAUUGUCCGCGGGUCUUGAUUAAUCUGGAUAAAGUCGGAAACUUUGGAAGCCAGAUCGACGAUGUAGUGCUUCUUGGUGAAUGUGACCGCAUUGCGAAGCAGCUGUGCGUGGAGCUUGGGUGGGAGAAAGAGCUCAUAGAUGAAUGGGAAGCCACUGCAGGGUCUGUGGAGCAGCAUGAUGCGGAUGAU